GUGAAAGAGCGCCCGUUAGUCUUCUUAGGUUUUGGGAACAGAGUGGAGAUUUCUCUCUUGGCUGCCUCCAUUUCCCAGCAACAUGACCACUUCUUAUAGGCAGUACACCUCUACCUCUUCAUUGAGGGGACCCUCUUUCGGUGGGGCUUCCUCCUCUGUCCAUCUUGGUGGAGGAUACAGAACUCCCAGCAUCCAUGGAGGAGUUGGGGGCAUGUCUGUCUCUACUUCCCGCUAUGUCUCUGGAGUCGGCAGUGCCCUUGGUGGGGGCUUUGUGGGCAGCGGCUUUGGGGCUGGCUUCGGGGGUGGUUUUGGAGGAGGAUUUGGUGGUGGCUUGGGUGGCACCUUUGUCGCUGCUGGUGAUGGCCUUCUGGCUGGGGGUGAGAAGGCGACCAUGCAAAACCUGAAUGACCGCCUGGCUGCCUACCUGGAUAAGGUGCGGGCCUUGGAGGAAGCCAACACUGAGCUGGAGGUUAAGAUCAGGGAGUGGUAUGUGAAACGAGGACCUGCUCCAGACUGCGACCACAGCAAUCAUUUCAAGGUCAUUGAGGAUCUGCGCAGCAAGAUUCUAGCUGCCAAUGUUCACAAUGCCAACAUCCUCCUGCAGAUUGACAAUGCGAAGCUGACUGCCGAUGACUUCAGAACCAAAUUUGAAUCAGAGCGUGCACUUCGCACAAGUGUCGAGGCUGACAUCCAUGGCCUGCGCAAAGUCUUGGAUGAACUCACCUUGUCCAGGUCUGACCUGGAAAUGCAGUUAGAAAAUCUCAGGGAAGAGCUGGCUUACCUGCAUAAGAACCAUGACGAGGAACUGAAAGUCCUCCGAAGCCAGAUGGGUGGAGAAAUCACUGUGGAGAUGGAUGCUGCUCCUGGGGUGGACCUCACUAAGAUCCUGGCGGAGAUGCGAGAACAAUACGAGGCCUUGGCAGAGAAGAACCGCAAGGAUGCCGAGCAGUGGUUCUUCACCAAGACUGAAGAGCUGCACCGGGAAGUUGCCAUGAAUACGGAGCAAUUGCAGAGUGGCAAAUCGGAGAUUGUAGAGUUAAGACGCACCCUCCAAGCCUUGGAAAUAGAGCUGCAGACACAGCUCAGCAUGAAAUCGUCCCUGGAAGGCACCCUGGCAGAAACAGAAGGCCGCUAUGGCACCCAGCUUAGCCACAUCCAGCUCAUGAUCACUGGCGUGGAAGAGCAGCUAGCCGAACUGCGUUCUGACAUGGAGCGCCAGAACCAUGAAUACCAGGUCCUCCUUGAUGUCAAGACCCGCCUGGAACAGGAAAUCAACACCUACCGUCGCCUGCUGGAAGGAGAGGAAGCCCACAUUUCUACUCAGUAUUCUUCAGGGCCCAUAACCACUCGCCAGGUUCGCACGAUUGUUGAGGAGGUAAAAGAUGGAAAAGUGAUCUCGUCCCGUGAGCAGGUCCAUGUCUCUGGACGUUAGGCCUGCAAGCAUAUGUGACACACCAGCCUGUUUCUCCUACAUGAUGCUCGUCAAGUGUCCAGCCUCCUGCUCUGUUCCCAACCAUCCCCACAAGCUGAGAUUUCUCAUAUGGCUGCAUCCACAAGGCUCAAUAAAGGCUUCCCUCCUUUCAUUCAUGCACAACCUGAGGUUUGGUUUUAUUU